AUGGGGACAGACAGCCUCUCUGGGGUGAACGCCCACAUCCUGAAUAGACCUGAGCCUAGAGACCAUCAGAGUGCCAUCCUGGCACCUUCCCAGGGGUCACCGAACCCUCUGUGGGGCCGUGGAACCACACAGUUGAGCUGUGAUGAUGCCAAAACCUCAACCUUCACCUUGGCUAGCUACAGGGACCAGCCUCAGGCCUCUGCACUGAGGGAGAAGUGGCUGCUGGAGCCCCUGGGGAUUCCGCCCCAGCUGCCACAGAAGACCCAUCGGCCAUUGUCUCUGCCCAGAGGCCUCUGCCAGCGGGGGGUCCCAGGCUGGGGGAGGUUGACAGCUGCUACCUGCUGCUCCCCACCCAGGCAGCAGCUCCGAGCCAGAGAAAGAGCCGGGCUGGGACUCUGGGAGCCUCCGAAGGACAGAGUGGGCCUCGGGACCUCAGAGGAGUUCCAGACGGCUGCAGGAGUGGGAGAAGCAGCAGUUUCUCAAGAAGAGCGAGAAGGCCUGGACCACAGCCUCUGCUUCCUCUUCUGGAGAAAAGCCACAGCUCAGCGAUGCUGGCUGAUAAUUUUGCAGCCUCUGUCCCUGGAGCCUGCAGCAGAGGCUGGGAGUUUCGAACGGCCCUGGGAGCCCCUGGAGGCACAGCCUGCGACCCUGAGGGAUAAGCUCCGUCUCCAGAAGGAACGAGUGGAUGAGGUCAGAGCCCAGCAGUGACUGUCUGUGCCGGAGUCCACCCCCACCACCAAGGCCAGAGCUGCUGCAGCAGGUGGAACGGACAUGCCUCCUGCCAGAUGCCCUGGCUGGAUCAGCAACUCUCCAAGGUAGCCUCAUGCUGGGGACAUUACCCCAGGGGUCUCAACUUCUGGCUACUUUGUCUCCUUUCCACUUCUCAUCCCCAGAGAAGGUUCUUCUGGCCAGAAGGAUGGCCUCUGAAAAUGUCAGAUCCGGAACGCAUCCGUGCUAAUGGCACUCAGCCCUCAGCAAACUCGCCUGGCCGGUCCCCCCCAUUAAACGCGGAGCCAAAAGCCCACAGGCGGCAGUUGGGGCUCACAGGCAGCCGAGGAGGCAGGAAGUCAGUGUGCAACCACGAGGGUGGGUCCUCAGGGUGGGUGCAGGGUC